CAUAAUCUAAAAGAAAUGCGUCACCCUCCCGCCACAGAACAGUACACAACCUCACUAUCUCUCUCAUCAAUAACAGUUUUUCAUCAAAUCAAUCGACAAUGGUGACGGAGAAAGGGACAAACGUUACGUACGUCGAGGACGAAGAUGAUUUGGAUGAAGAACCCGGUGAGGUGAUCGAAUCAGCUCCACCUCUGCAAGUUGGUGAAGAGAGAGUGCUCAGUAACUUCGGUAUAAAAAAGAAGCUCCUCAAACGUGGCGUCGGCUGGGAAACCCCCGAAUUCGGUGACGAAGUCACCAUUCAUUACGUUGGAACUUUGUUUAAUGGAACGAGUUUUGAUUCUACAAGAGAUAUAGAUGAGCCAUUGACUUUUAAGCUUGGCAGUGGUAAGGUGUUGAGAGGGUUGGAUAAUGGGAUAGCUACUAUGAAGAAGGAGGAAUGUGCGGUGUUCACAUUGCCUUCUGAAUUAGGUUUUGGAGUUGGAGGCCGUGAAGGUGUGCCCCCGAAUUCGGUUGUACUGUACGAAGUUGAACUGCUCUCGUGGAUAACAGUGGUUGAUGUGAGUAAAGAUGGUGGGAUUAUCAAGAAAAUUUUGGAGAAGGGAAAGAGGAACGAGUUGCCUGGUGACUUGGAUGAAGUUCUCGUGAAGUAUCACAUUGUUCUUGGUGAUGGCACUGUAAUAACGAAAACACCCGAAGAAGGAAUUGAGUUUUAUGUGAAAGACGGUCAUCUUUGUCCUGCUUUGGCUAAAGCAAUUUUAACUAUGAAAAAGGGAGAGAGGGCCAAAUUAAUCAUUCAGCCUCAAUAUGCUUUUGGAGAGCAGGGCAGGGAUGCUAAUGAUGGAUUCCAUACGAUCCCACCAAGUUCUGUUCUGCAUGUUGAUCUGGAGUUGAUGUCCUUCAAGCCUGUGAUUGAUGUUUAUGGUGAUUCCAAGGUAUUUAAGAAGAUCUUGAGAGAGGGGGAAGGCACUAUCAAUGCAGAUGAAGGUGCUACUGUAACCAUCAGAUACACGGCUAGGCUAGAAGAUGGAACUAUCUUUGAGAAAAAGGGAAUUGAUGGGGGGCAGCCUCUGGAAUUUAUAAUAGAUGAAGAACAAGUUAUUGCUGGUUUAGACCGAGUAGCAGCAUCAAUGAAGAAGGGUGAACGAGCAAUAUUAACAAUAAAUCCUGAAUAUGGUUUUGGAACUGUUGAAGUAAAGCGGGAUCUUGCUACAGUGCCUCCGCAUUCAAAGCUAUUUUAUGAUGUUGAAAUGUUAGAUUUUAUCAAGGAAAAAGGACCAUGGGAGAUGACUAAUCAGGAGAAAAUUGAGGUUGCUGGGAGGAAGAAAGAAGAAGGCAAUUUGCUUUUUAAAGAAGGGAAGUAUCAACGAGCCGGAAAAAAAUAUGACAAGGCAGCAGACUUUGUGAGUGAAGAUGAAUCCUUUGUGGAUGAUGAGCAAAAGUUUGUCAAGUCGUUGAGAAUUUCUUGCUGGUUGAACGGUGCAGCUUGUAGUCUCAAACUAAACGAUUUCCAAGAAGCAAUCAGGUUAUGUUCAAAGGUGCUAGAUUAUGAAUUCCAUAAUGUGAAAGCUCUGUAUAGGCGAGCACAAGCCUAUAUGGAAAUUGCUGAUCUGAUCUCAGCUGAAUUGGACAUCAGAAAAGCCAUUGAGGCUGAUCCUCAGAACAGGGAGGUGCAGUCACUUCUGAAGACCUUGAAACAACUUCAAACCGAGAGCAACAAAAGAGAUGCAAAGCUCUAUGCAAACAUGUUUGCUCGUGUAACGAAGGAAUCAUCUGUGGCUACCAAGAAAUUAAAAGUCGAGACAGCUGGGGAUGAGAGGCAGGAAGUGGAAAUGGGAAAAGAAGUAGGUAUAAGAUAGUUCAGCUUCUGACAAUGGCAUGGUUGUGUGGGUUCCUGUUGAAGGAUACGUUAAAUGUUAAUGUUACUGAAAUACGAAAUAAGGAGAGAAAAGUAGAGGCUGUAGAUUUGUUUUACCCCGUGCUAAGCACUGUUAUAAUAUUAAUCAUAUACCAUUUUUGUAACUUGUGAAUCGUCAACCUAUGUAUAGAUGCCUUUUAAGGUGUGUUUGGUUCA